CCCACGUGGACCGGGGCCGCGUCGGGCGCGCGCCCCGCCCGUCUGCCGCCCGGGCUGGGGGUCACGGAAGGAAACCUUAGAGAAACCUCAACCAUCUGGRACUCAGAAACUCACUGGGGGCUGACUGCAGCUUCUAGAACAUCCAGGUGUUCUGCCGAUGAGAGAAUUUGUCCUGCAGYCACCAGAUGGAGUUCCAGACAGAUGCCAAGCUUGGGCUGCGGCUCURACAUCCCUGRAUACAGAAGGGCCCCCMAUGACACCGACACGUCUAGUCAUCUUUAUGAAGCUCCGUGGGAAACAUCUCCCCUAGUGAGUCAAGCCAAGUCGGGGGCUGCCAGUGUCCCGACUCCUGUGAAUUAGGAUUCCAGAUGGGGGCCUCGUUUCUGUACUCCCCAGCAUCCCCCCAGCCAUCACAUCCACCACCACUGCCACCAGUAGGUUCUGGAAAACUCUACUCCUAAGGGACCUGCUGCAUUAAAAGUGGGCAGAGAGGAARCGCUCGGAAAAGUCUCCACUGGUGGCCCUCCAUCGUUCCAGACAACAGGAAUCUCCCCCUUGUCACCAUGGGCUGGCUUUUCCUAAAGGUUUUGUUGGUAGGAGUGAGUUUYUCUGGAUUUCUUUAUCCCUUCGUGGACUUUUGCCUCAGGGGGAAAACGAUGGGCCAGAAACCAAAUAUUGUGAUCAUUUUGGCCGAUGACAUGGGCUGGGGUGACCUAGGAGCAAACUGGGCAGAAACGAAGGACACUGYCAACCUUGAUAAGAUGGCUUCAGAAGGAAUGAGGUUUGUGGACUUCCACGCAGCCGCCUCCACCUGCUCGCCCUCCCGGGCCUCCCUGCUCACCGGCCGCCUGGGCCUGCGCAAUGGAGUCACGCACAACUUCGCGGUCACCUCUGCGGGGGGCCUCCCGCUCAACGAGACCACCUUGGCGGAGGUGCCGGCCGGCUACGUCACCGCGAUGAUAGGCAAAUGGCAUCUUGGGCAUCAUGGCUCUUAUCACCCCAACUUCCGCGGUUUUGACUACUACUUUGGGAUUCCAUACAGCCAYGAUAUGGGCUGUACUGAUGCCCCGGGCUACGACCACCCUCCUUGCCCAGCAUGUCCUCAGGGCAACCGCUCCUCGAGGAACCUUGAAAGGGACUGCUACCCGGACCUCGCCCUUCCUCUCUACGAGAACCUCCACAUCGUGGAACAGCCCGUGAACCUGAGCGGCCUUGCGCGGAAGUACGCCRAGAAGGCGACCCAGUUCAUCCAGCAGGCAAGUGCCARCGGAAGACCCUUCCUGCUCUACRUGGGCCUGGCCCACAUGCAUGUGCCCCUAGCUGUGGCUGGACCACGGGGCCAAAGCCCGUACCGGGCGGGUCUCCGGGAGAUGGACARUCUGGUGGGUCAGCUCAAGGACAAAGUCGACCACACGGCGAAGGAAAACACGCUCCUCUGGUUCACAGGAGACAAUGGCCCGUGGGCUCAGAAGUGUGAACUGGCAGGCAGCGUGGGUCCCUUCACCGGACGGUGGCAGAUCCAUCAAGGGGGAAGCCCAGCCAAGCAGACCACCUGGGAAGGUGGGCACCGGGUCCCGGCCCUGGCUUACUGGCCCGGCACAGUCCCAGCCAAUGUCACCAGCACUGCCUUGUUAAGCGUGCUGGACAUUUUCCCCACUGUGGUGGCCCUGGCGCAGGCCACUUUGCCCCAAGAUCGACGCUUUGAUGGACUGGAUGCCUCCGAGGUGCUCCUGGGCAGGUCGAAGACGGGGCACAGGGUGCUGUUCCACCCCAACAGCGGCGCAGCUGGAGGGUACGGAGCCCUGCAGACUGUCCGCCUGGAGAGGUACAAAGCCUUCUAUAUCACCGGUGGAGCCAGAGCUUGUGACGGAAGUGUCGGGCCUGAGCAGCAGCAAGAUCCUCCUCUUAUUUUYGAUCUCCAAGAAGACGCUGCAGAAGGGGAGCCUCUACAGAGAGGGGGUGCCGAGUACCAGGCCGUGCUGCCCAAGGUCAGGAAGGUUCUCGCAGACGUCCUUCAAGACAUUGCCAAUGACAACAUCUCCAGAGCCGAUUACACACAGGAUCCUUCAGUAAUUCCCUGUUGUAAUCCCUACCAAAUCGCCUGCCGCUGCCAAACCACGUAACUGGCCAGUUUUUCCACUGUAGGGAUGGCUGGAAAUCAGACGGGCAGGUUCGCUUUCAAACUUCUUUACCCUCUUUACCCACCUAGGCUAUAAAAACAAGUCUCGGAAUUUUGUCUGGGGACCACCACUUGGCAACUCCUCUUUGCAUACUGUCCCUUUUCCGUGCUGUKCUGAGGGAUGCCCCUGAGCRGAGCUGGCUCUGGGRUGGUGAGUGUAGUGCAAUGGAACGCUCACCAGCUUCAGAGUCAGGCACAGGUUCCAGCCCCAGGUUUUGACCUUGGGCAGUUAACCUCACUUGCAAGGUGAUUUCGAAGGUUAAGUAAAGCAGUUUAUGAGAAUGCAUCGUGUGUCACCUGACACAGAGCAGAUACCUGGUGUGCUUUAGUUUCCUCUUCACAUUAGCAUAGACUGGUACCAACCAGUAUGUGCAGACUGUCCCCAUCUUUAUUUUUCUUUUAUAUUGCUGGGGAUUGAACCCAGGGCCUCAUGCAUGCCGGGCAAGUGCUCUACCACUGAGCUACACCCCAGCUCUUCCGUCUGUAAUAGGCAUACAAAUCCCCUGGGAUCCUGUAAAAAUGCAGACUCUGGCUCCGAAGGUGUGGAGGCGCCCGAGCGCUCACUGGCCAGCUCCCAGGGGAUGCCGGGAGCAGCGGGGGAGCUGGACCAGGUGAAGUCAGGUCCCUUUCCAGGUCUCGGAGCACAGGAGUCCAGGGCUAAGCCCGUGACCCCUUCCUCCUUUCCCCCUUUUAAAGGUCAAGUGAAUGUAGUGUGAAGACUUCUUCCUGAACCCUGAAGCUCCCAAGAAAUA